UUUGCGCGCGUAAUACCCAAAAAUAUGCAUCGUAUUGAACUAAACCACGCGCAAUUACUAACAUUUUCGAGAAUUUCGCAUUUGAAUUACAUCAAACCGAUCGCAUUCACAACCCAAUCCGACUUUCACAAAGCCAUCUCGCUUACGAAAGAAGCGAAUUUCUCACAGCCGAAUAAAAUUCUAUUUCAAUGGCCGCAGAAGCGAAAAUUUUUAUUAGAAAAAGAACUGGCACUUCCGGUUUGGCUCCUGGCGCAUACGCUGUUUUGGUUGCACGUAACGCAUAUCCUUCCGAGUGGUACAGGUUUGGAGUUAAAGCAACCUAUAUGGAAGUAUAGAGCACCUUUACCAAAACCGGGUAAUAGAGAUUACAUUAUAGAACCAGAUUGGGACUCUCGUUUUCUUUAAUUGGUAUGCAAUAAAACUAUUCAAACAAAACUGUUGAGUACAUACAAGGUAUGGUAGGUAAAGCUAAGCUAGAUCGGUCACCAAUUCCCGCAUUAUAAAUAUACAAAUUAGGAUUAGGAAAAAGUAGGUGCAUGCAUAAUGAGUCGAGCAAUCAACGAUGUCCCUACCUAUGUACUCGAAAGUUACGAACACCGACUGA